AUGCCUUCAUCAUUACUGCUUUCCCUCCCCGACGAGGUCCUGUUGCAAAUCGUCAGCCAUCUGACGCCGCCCCUCGAUGGUCUCGAUAUCCCGUUCCAGGCCUACACCGACCCGGAUGGCGUCGUUGUCACAAAUCGCGUCGCCCUUUACCGCCUCGCCUUCGUGUGUCGCCGGUUAUCGGAUCUGGCCAUUCCCCAUCUCUACCAGACCGUCUACCUCUGGGGUCAGACCCGGCUACAGUCGUUGCUCCAGACUCUGCUCGAGCGUCCCGAACUGGGCGACAACAUGCGCGUCCUCUCCUAUGUCUCCUGCCUGGGCACAGAUCACUACCCCACCGACGUUCUUUGCCCCUACAAGCGCACCGAAUGGCGCCGCCUGGUCGAUGCCUCGUCACGGUUUCCAGACCGCAUAAAGAAUUUCGUCCGGGAAGCCAACACAGAGCUCGAAUUCGCCCAGAUCGUCUUCGCCCUCGUUCUUUACUCGUCGCCGAACCUGAGCACCCUCCACAUGCGCAUGCCCUUCGCCGCGGGUGAGUACCAGAAGCUCAAGGACAUCAUCACCCCAGACAUCGAGACCGCCGAAGGCUGCCCCCGCGUCCUGAGCUCUCUCACCCGCGUCAUGCUUGAGCCCAUGCCCGACUUCCCGGGCGCGAGUUUCUGGCCCCGUCGCGAACUGCCGUGUCUUCUUCGCCUGCCCAAACUGCGCUCUGUGGAGCUCGGCUCCGCUGUUUUCCGGCCCGCCGUCCUCGAUCCCGGUGACGGCUGGGGUGACGAUGGCAGCUGGAAAAAUGUAGAGGAGAUUCGGCUUGUGCGCAGCAGCAUGUGGGGUCAAGGCUGGCAUGCCAUCUGCGCCUUGUGCCCGAACCUGAAGCUCCUCGAGAUGGGCCCUUCCGGCGUCGCCGAGCAGCCUGCCGACGGUGAGCACAAUCUCAACACCGCAUUGUCCCUCGUUGCCGAUACCCUCGAGACCUUCUCGUUCGAAGGUAUCCUCGCUGGCAACUUCUCCCAGCACGUCGGCGGAGACGGCACUCUCACUUGUCUGCCCAAGAUGAAGGCCCUACGCAAUGUCAAGCUCGAUAUUGGCAUUCUGUAUGGGAACCCGGAGGGGGUGCAAAGUAUUGAUCUCCGUGACCGCUUGCCGCCAUCAGUGGAAAUACUCGACUUGGCAGAACUGUGGCACGACGUCGAGGUCGACCAGCUUUCUACCAAGGAGCGUUGCAUGUAUGAAAAGGGUCUUCAGGACGCUCUGCAUAAGCUCGUCUUCGAUAGCAGAGAAGCCUUACCCCACCUGAAGGAGAUCACCUUCCGCCCGAACCCCUUUUACGACCCUCUGCCGAUACCCGAUACUCUCAAGUACUACCCGUCCAAGGUCGCCUUCAAGCUCGUCUACUAA